GAAAAGAGUGCGUUCUUUGUUUGUGAUCCGUAACGAGAGUGAUAUUAAAAAAGAGGUGGUUUUGCGAAAUGGUUUAUAAUCAGUUUGUAAUUGUUUAUAAUUUGUUUAUCAAAUCGACAUAGCACGAAGCUGUCGACCAUACACUCCGAAUUAAUAAAAUAAAAUAUAACAAAAUAUUUUCAGACGAAAUAACAGUUUCAACAGUUUCUUGUCAGUUUGGAUUUGUGCGUAACUUACAAGCCGAGUAAAAUGAGCAAGGUGUCGCGUUACUCGUCUGACGGCAAGGUUUACGUGGGAGACUUAGGGAGCAAUGCUAGUAAGCAGGAUUUGGAGGAUGCAUUUUCUUACUAUGGACCAUUACAAAAUGUCUGGGUUGCCAGAAAUCCUCCUGGAUUCGCUUUCGUUGAAUUUGAGGAUCAGAGAGACGCGGAGGAUGCAGUGAGAGGAUUGGACGGUCGCACUAUAUGUGGAAGACGUGUCCGUGUAGAAUUGUCAAACGGAAAGAAACUAAGAGACAGAGGUUUAUCGAGAAAAGGUAGACCGUUUCAUCCCGAGGACAGAUGUUACGAAUGUGGCGAAAGAGGUCACUAUGCAAGAGAUUGCCAUCGUCAAAGGAGCUCUCACAAAAAGAGGUUGUCCCACUCGCGAUCAAAAUCACGAUCGCGAUCACGGUCGCGCUCAAGAUCUCGCUCGCGAUCGUCAUGGCGCAGUCGAUCCUGUAGCAGAAAUUCCUCUACCAAAAAUGAUCGCAAUAAACGGAAGUCUGAUUCCAGGAACCGUGACAAAUCUAAAUCUCGUUUGGACUCUAAAUCGCGAAGCAGCUGAACGUGAACAUGUGUAUAUGUACACACACACACACAUACACACGGUCAAUCGACUCUUGAUAUAUUUCUUUGAUUUAAUUAGAAAGUUGCGACCUCUACGAAAUUUCAACAAUAAUUAGAGCAACCUCUUUUUUUAUUUAACAUUAAACAUUAAAAAGGCGCAUACGAAAGGUAUGAUUUUUGAUCCUUAUAAUAGGAGUGUAUAAAUAUCUAAGGUAUUGUUACUUUUCUGUAAGACAAAAAGAGAAACAUUGUAGUUUCGAUUAUAUAAGUUAGGUUUACAUAAGUAGAUAUUUAUUGUUCGUGUUUAAGUUAAUGUAAAUUAAUGUUUAAUAAAGUUUUCAGACAUGUACCACGA